GGAGCCUGACUCACUCACGCACGCAGACACGCGCACGGCGCGGCGGUGAGCGGAGCGCAGUUAUUUGGAGCUGUCGUUGCGGAGCACUUCAAUCCCCGCGUUUCUGUGGUGCGUGGAAACUAACCUGCGUGGAAUCCCCCUGCGCUCCGUGCUCUUCCUCUCCUGCUCUUCAUCGGUACGUGUUGUGGAUCAUGGCAUCAGUGCGGGACGUGGGCUGGGUGGGUUUUUCACGCCGCCACAGAAGGAAUAUGUGCGGCUGCUGCAGGAGUUAAAGGAGUGGAGCCGCUGUGAUUCUGGGCUGGAUCCUGGAAUAAAACUGGAAUAAUUCUGGAAUGAUCCUGGGAUGAUUCUGGAAUGAUCCUGGGAUGAUCCUGGAAGGAGCCUGGAAUGACGGUGGAGAUGCCGGAGCAACAAGCGUGCCGCGGCUCUGCGCACACUUUGCGGCGCUGAGGCGCUGUUGAAGGCGGACUGUUGCGCCUGUCUGCGGGUUUCAGCGCUCAGUUUGCUCUGACCAGCAGGGAUGAACUUGGCUCCGGGAAUACUCUCACUCUCCUGAGAAGUGCUUCAUUCCUGCGGUGGUCGUGCGUUUUCCCGGUCGGAGAGCUUUGAUCGCUGAGCAGGGACGGAGGGAGCGGAUCCGGCGCCAUGGGCCGCCGGGCGAGUUGCCCCCCCGAGCUGAAAGCAGCGCUCAUGCUGCGGAUGCUGUGGGUGUUUCCGGCUCUCCUGGAUGUGGCCGGGUCCCAGGAGAUUUACGCCCCCCACUCUAUCCGGGUGGAGGGCGACGUGACGCUGGGGGGGCUGUUCCCGGUGCACGCCCGGGGCGUCCCGGGGACGCCGUGCGGGGACAUCAAGAAGGAGAAUGGCAUCCACCGGCUGGAGGCCAUGAUGUACGCGCUGGACCAGAUCAACGGAGACGAGGAGCUCCUCCCCAACGUCACGCUGGGCGCUCGCAUCCUGGACACGUGCUCCCGGGACACCUACGCCCUGGAGCAGUCUCUGACCUUCGUGCAGGCGCUGAUCCAGAAGGACACGUCCGAUGUCCGCUGCACCAACGGUGAGCCGCCCGUUUUUGUGAAGCCAGAAAAAGUUGUGGGAGUGAUCGGAGCGUCUGCCAGCUCCGUGUCCAUCAUGGUGGCCAACAUCCUGCGCCUCUUCCAGAUCCCUCAGGUCAGCUACGCCUCCACCGCCCCGGAGCUGAGCGACGACCGCCGCUACGACUUCUUCUCGCGGGUGGUUCCUCCAGACAGCUUCCAGGCCCAGGCCAUGGUGGACAUCGUGAAGGCCGUGGGCUGGAACUACGUCUCCACAGUGGCCUCUGAGGGCAGCUACGGGGAGAAGGGGGUGGACGCCUUCAUGCAGCUCUCCAGAGAAGCAGGUGGAAUCUGCAUCGCUCAGUCCCUGAAGAUCCCCCACGACCACAAACCUUCAGACUUUGACAAAAUCAUCCGUCAGCUGCUGGACACGCGCUACGCCAGGGCGGUGGUCCUCUUCGCCUCGGAUGAAGACAUCAGGGGGAUCCUGAACGCCACCAAGCGAGCCGAGCAGGUCGGCCACUUCCUGUGGAUCGGUUCUGACAGCUGGGGGUCCAAGAACAGCCCCAUCCACCAGCUGGAGGAGGCCGCCGUGGGCGCCAUCACCAUCCUGCCCAAGAGGGCCACCAUCAGCGGCUUCGACGCCUACUUCAUGUCCCGCACCCUGGAGAACAACCGCAGGAACGUGUGGUUCGCCGAGUACUGGGAGGAGAACUUCAACUGCAAACUGAUGAGCUCCUCCAAGAAGGACGACAGCAGCAGGAAAUGCACAGGUCAGGAGCGCAUCGGCAUCGACUCCAGGUACGAGCAGGAGGGGAAGGUGCAGUUUGUGAUGGACGCGGUGUACGCGGUGGCCCACGCGCUGCACAGCAUGCAGAGGGACCUCUGCCCCGACGGCUCGGGCAUCUGCCCCGACAUGGAGCUGGCCGGGGGCAAGAAGCUGCUCAAGUACAUCCGCAGCGUCAGCUUCAACGGAAGCGCCGGGACUUCAGUGACGUUCAACAGAAACGGCGACGCUCCGGGCCGCUACGACCUCUUCCAGUACCAGAGGAGCAACGCCACGGGGGCGGGGUACCGCGUGAUUGGCCAGUGGACCGAGACGCUGCAGCUCAACGUGGAGGAGCUGCAGUGGCCCCGCGGAGAGCAGGAGGUCCCCAGCUCCGUCUGCAGCCUGCCCUGCAGAGCCGGCGAGAGGAAGAAGGUGGUGAAGGGGAUGCCCUGCUGCUGGCACUGCGAGCCCUGCGACGGCUACCAGUACCAGGCCGACGAGUUCAGCUGCAAGCUGUGCGCCUACCACAUGCGGCCCAGCGCCAACCGCACCUCCUGCCAGCCCAUCCCCAUCGUCAAGCUGGAGUGGCACUCCCCCUGGGCCGUCAUCCCCGUCUUCCUGGCCAUGCUGGGCAUCGUGGCCACCAUCUUCGUCAUGGCCACCUUCGUACGGCACAACGACACGCCCAUCGUGCGCGCCUCCGGCAGGGAGCUGAGCUACGUGCUGCUGACGGGGAUCUUCCUCUGCUACAUCAUCACCUUCCUGAUGAUCGCCAAGCCCGACGUGGGCGUGUGCUCCUUCCGCCGCAUCUUCCUGGGUCUGGGCAUGUGCAUCAGCUACGCCGCCCUGCUCACCAAGACCAACCGCAUCUACCGCAUCUUUGAGCAGGGCAAGCAGUCGGUGACGGCGCCGCGGCUGAUCAGCCCCACCUCCCAGCUGGUCAUCACCUUCAGCCUGAUCUCCGUGCAGCUGCUGGGGGUGCUGGUCUGGUUCGGGGUGGACCCGCCCAACACCGUCGUAGACUUUGACGAGCAGCGGACCGGCGACCCGGAGCGGGCGCGGGGCGUGCUGAAAUGCGACAUCACGGAUCUGCAGAUGAUCUGCUCUCUGGGUUACAGCAUCUUGCUGAUGGUGACGUGUACUGUGUACGCCAUAAAGACCCGCGGCGUCCCCGAGAACUUCAACGAAGCCAAGCCCAUCGGCUUCACCAUGUACACCACCUGCAUCGUGUGGCUGGCCUUCAUCCCCAUCUUCUUCGGCACGGCGCAGUCUGCAGAGAAGCUCUACAUCCAGACCACCACCCUCACCAUCUCCAUGAACCUGAGCGCCUCCGUCGCCCUGGGCCUGCUCUACAUGCCCAAGGUCUACGUCAUCAUCUUCCACCCUGAGCUCAACGUGCAGAAGAGGAAACGGUCCUUCAAGGCCGUGGUCACCGCCGCCACCAUGUCGUCCCGGCUCUCCCACAAAGUCAGCGACCGGCCCAACGGAGAGGCCAAGACGGAGCUGUGUGAAAACGUGGAGCCCAACAGCUAAUUUCAUUAUUCAUCACAGGUCCAGCAGCGAAGACCAAGUACGUGAGCUACAACGACGUGGUGAUCUAACUCCAUCCCUCCACCUGAAGGCUCGCUGCAGAGAUGGCUGCUCUCCUGGCCGGUCAUUUUCAGCCCCGGGGAGGAAGGUUACAGUUUUUGUUCUCAUGUGUUCCACCAGCGAUGUUCUGGAUCUUCAGCCUGGUGGCAUGUUCCUCUGGACCCAGGGGGUGGAGAUGAAACGUGUGAUGGGCUGAGGAUGGAAGCCGUGGAGCUGCAGACUGCUCCUGUUUCUGACCCUGCUCACCAUCUGUGGACUUCAGUUCUGCUCUUUCUGAGGCUCACAGGAUUCUCACAUCUCAGAUGAACACGUCCUUCUUUUCUUUGUGUUUUAUUGAAGCCAUGCUCUCACCUGAGCGCUCUAGUCGCGCUGCCCCCUGCAGGCUGAGAUGAGAUGCUGCCAGCCGGUCUGUGGCUGAGCGGCACCCUGAGCCCCCCCACCACAGCGCCCCUGUCUGCACAUCUUCAUGUAAUUAUCGAUGGUGCAUGUUUGAUUUGGUUGGCAGCGUCAUGCUCGUGCUCCGACUGUGGGGACUACACGUCCCAGAAGGCUUUGCAGGGUAGCGGGAGGACGUCAGAGACGUGAGGACCCUGCAGGCCCGGCGUAAAGUCGUCUGUGUGCGUCCCAUCCUGUCUGAUUUGCAGCUUGUGUUUCAUGCUGUUCCCUCCUCCAUGUCCGUCUCCGUCUGUGGCUCUUUGUGUUUUUCUGUGAUGGAUCGCAGAGGUGAUGAUGUCUGUGGAACGCUAUCAAUGUGCCUGUUCUGCAUGUUUAGUCAGAUCUAAGUGAGCUCAGGAGAGCAGAGAAACGUGGACGAAGGCAGAAGUCUGUACUAUGCAGCAGGGUCAGUGUCCUAGCAGGAAACGCUGGUUCAGCUCUGGGCUUCAUAGCAUGAAGCUUGUUGCUUCUGACUGGAGUUAAAGGUGUAGAUGCAUCAUCUGGAGGUUCUGACCAGGUCAGCGGGUUUAGUCUCAUGCUCUCCUGUUAACACUGGUGUCACAUGUUUGCAUGAUCCUCUGCAGCUCUGUGUUCUCUAUGAUGUCUUAAACAGCGGAUGCUGCUGAGACCUAAUCUGUCUGCGCUCUGCAGCUCCGACCAAUCAGGAUCAUGGUGUGACAUCAUCUUUAGGGGUCAUCCCAUCUCCAUCUCAUCCUGACCUCAGCACUUCUGAUCAACCCUCUGCAACCUUCUCCUCCACCAGACCCAUGACCCAGCAUCAGCUCUUCUGCUGCCAACCCUGGACCAAUGAGGGAGGAGACAUCUCCCAACAUCCAACCUUCACCUCAUCUUCAUCAUGUCAGAGUCUGACGCUCAUCCUGAUGUUUCUCCUCUGAUGCUCUCUGUCUGCCUUUCCUCAAUCACCUGACCUUCUUUAACCACCAUCCAUCCCUCCACCCCUCCAUCAUCAUCAUCAUCAUCCCUCCAUCAUCAUCAUCCCUCCAUCAUCAUCCCUCCAUCAUCAUCCCUCCAUUGCCUCUUGAAGCUUUUCCAGGAGCCUCCACACUGUUUCCAAUCUCAUGAUAAUAAAUUGUCACUUUUAUAAAUUUGUUCUCAGUUAAAACAUUUUUACGUGAACAAAACAUUUACUUUGAAGUCUUCUGGUAAAUCAACCAUUUCUCCUCAUAAUGUUCCACCUAGCCAUGACGUCUGCGGAACAUUAAUGAGGAGAACCUUCUGCAUCCUGCCGCUGGUCUGAUGGACCUGAAGGAGGGAAAUUUGUAUUUUUGUUAUUCAACCAAAAAAAAAAAAAAAAAAAAGAUUUGA